AUGGGUGAUGAGUAUUCGGAUAAUAAGUACCUGGAUAAUAUGUAUUUAGAUGAUGAGUAUAAUGAUGAGUAUUUGGAGAAUGAGUAUUUGGAGGAUGAGUAUUUGGAGGAUAUGAUAUUAGAGUGUGAAGAUACUAAUAUAGAGAGAUUAGAAUCCAAUAAUAUGGAUGGUUUAAACAGUAAUGAAGCUUCACCACAACCUUCUAUAUCAGCUAUGAUAGAAAAUGGCAGAGUAAAAAUCAUGUCAAAUGAUAAUGAUAAAUAUAAAUUUUCUAUAAUGGCAGAGUCUUUACAACCAACAAUAAAACAAGUAUUCGAUAAUAUAAAAAAAUAUGCAUUUAAUCAUCCCAAACAGAAAAAACUCGAUAACAAUAUAGCUGUAUUUAUUAUUGAGGAUCUUCAACUAUUUUCAGUACUUCAAUUACAAGCAUUUAAAAGAAUAAUAGAAGGACUUGAUAUUCAGGCUAAUGUUCUUAGUAUAGAUUAUUUGAAAGAAAUUUUUAUAAAUAGUGAAGAUAAAAUUUUAAAAAAAAUUCGUGAGUAUGCAAUUGACAAUACUGAAAUUAGUAGUAUUUCAUUUACUACUGAUAUGUGGACGUCAGACAAUGGCGAUCUAUAUAUUAGGCUUACGCUCCACUGGAUUAAUAGUAAUUUUGAAAUAAAAGAGAUUAUUAGUAAUAUUUCAUAUCUUCUAUAUCCUCAUACAGCUAAAUGUCUUUCUAACAAAAUAGUCGAAAUUUUAGAUAAUCUUCAACUUAAAAAUAUAACUGUUUGUGGUACAAUUGAUAAUGGAUCAAAUAUUAAAUUAUAUUUAGAAAAAUUAGAGCGAAAAUAUAGUAUAUAUAAAGUUUUUUGUUUUGGAUAUAUAUUACAAUUUGCAAUUAAUGAUGCAUUAAAAAAAUGUCCCAAGAUUACAAAUUUAAUAAAAAAAUGUAAAGAUAUAGUAUCACACUUUAGUGGAAGUCCAAAGCAAAAACAAUUUCUUUUAAAAGUGCAAAUGGAGAUGGAAGACUGGAAUAAACUUCUUACUGUAGUUCAUGAUUAUAAGUUACUUUUAGUCAAAACUGAUAACAAUAACUUAUUAAAAAAUUAUGAAGAAAAGGAACUAUCGUUAGAUGCUUGGGAUAAAGUAACUGGAUUAGUCAAAUUAUUGUAUCCUUAUGAAGUUAUUUCUAAAAAAUUAUCUGGAGAUCAAUUAGAUAUGACAGCAUCUUAUGACAAAAUAGAUAAUGAAGACAUUUUUGCUCCAUCAGCUACUGACUUUCAAGAAUAUUCUGAUUAA